AGCGAAGGAGCAAAAGCUCGAGGCGGCGGGGUUGAGGGAGGGUGUCGAAACGGAUCCAGAUCGGGACACACCGUAUAUAGCCACCAAAGUUGCUAAUCCACACCCGAUCCGCACCAGCAGUGGCAUUACGUCUGCCAGGGGAACGGGCACAGGGGCUGCGUUAACCAGCUGGCAGAGCAGCCACAGCCACCGCAGCCCCGGUGCUAACUCAUCGGCGCAGGAUCAGGAGCAGUUUCGCAUCCGCAAGGAGCAUCAUCUCCAGCUAACAGCACCCUCAAUAGUGAGUAGAAGAGCCGAAGCAGGAGCCGGCACAGGCACAGCAGCAACGCCAACAACGAAGCCAGCGCAUCGGAGUAGAGUCAACAGCAGCAGUAGCUCCAGCAGCACAAAUCCUUGGCUGCCGUUGGCCAACUGCAGUUGGACAGCCGGACUAGGAGUAGGAGUAGCCGUAGCCGCAUCUAUAGCAACCUAAGCAGCCAAUUCCGCAUCAGAGCCACAGCAAAUAGAAAACGUUCCACACACCACCACCACCACCACCACUACCACCACCCAACCACACAGCCCACAAAAACUCUCACAACCAAGCGAGGCAUCAUCAGCAAUAACCGCCAAGAUGUCGAAGCUAUCGUUCAGAGCCCGCCACCUGGAUCCGUCCAAGCAGAUGCCCAUCUACUUGGCGGAGGAGCUGCCCGACCUGCCCGAGUACUCAGCCAUCAAUCGGGCGGUGCCGCAGAUGCCCAGUGGCAUGGAGAAGGAGGAGGAGUCGGAACACCAUCUGCAACGCGCUAUAUGCACGGGCCUGAUCAUCCCCACGCCCGAGGUACUGCAAACGGAUCAGCCCUUUUAUGAUGCCUACUAUCCGCCGGACUACAAGAUGCCCCGCCAAAUGAUCCAUAUGCAACCGCUUGGGCUGGACACUGAGGUGCCCGACUACGACAUGGACAGCGCUGAUGAGGACUGGCUCAGCCAGCAGCAGCGUCUGGAGCUCACCGAACUGAAGUUUGAGCAGAUGAUGGACCGGCUGGAGAAGAGCUCUGGCCAAACAGUGGUCACGCUAAACGAGGCAAAGUCUCUGCUCAAUCAGGACGAUGAGACCAGCAUAUCCGUCUACGAUUACUGGCUGAACAAGCGCCUCAAGAUGCAACACCCGCUGAUCCUCACGGUUAAGACAGAGAGUCGUCCCGGCGCCAGCUCCAACAACCCGUAUUUGGCUUUCCGUCGUCGCACUGAAAAAAUGCAGACCCGCAAGAAUCGCAAAAACGAUGAGGCCUCCUACGAGAAGAUGCUCAAGCUGCGACGCGACCUGCAGCGCGCUACCACUAUACUGGAGAUGGUGCGGCGACGCGAGGAGACGAAGCGGGAUCAUCUCAAGAUGACGGUGAAUAUCUUUGAGAAGCGCGUGGAGAUGCGUGACUUCAACGGUGCUGUCUACUCCGAGCUGAAUGCUCAGUAUAAGAAUACAAGACCCGCGUAUAAUCCUUUGUAUACGAAUCAAUACUCACAAGGGGCGGCGGCGGUGGGAACGGCUGGUGCCAUUCUGGCCGCCCUGCCCACGGGUCUGCUGCCAAGCGGUGGCGUUGGAGCGGCGGGCAAUGCGAAUGUCUAUGGAUCAGCGUCGCAGUACCUGAACACGUCGAAUCUGACAAUGGAUGGCAUCAACAGUGGCAGCGGCAAUGGGAGUAGCAGUCGCAAGGAGAAGCGUCCGUACAAGAAGCGAAAGCACAAAUUGCCUCGCGAUAAGCAGCAGCAACACCAGCAGCAGCAGUCAUCCCAACAGCAGCAACACCAGCAAUCGCAGCAGCAGCAACAACAGUAUUUGCCGGGCCUGUCGGCUUCGGCGGGAAGCGCCGCCGGUGUAUCUCCAGCUCAUCACCUGCCCCACCAUAUGCACCACCUUAGCAGGCAGCAGAGCUCCUCGCCGGCGGCCAAUGAUUCGGUUGUGGAUAGCGAGGAGGAGGACUACUUUGGCGCCGGUGCCCAGAAUGGUAACAAGCUGGGCUCCGAGAGCGAGGAGGAGGCGCCGUUUGCAUUUAGGCGCAAGUCGAGCUGUAUUUACCUGCCGACACGUCAACGAGAUGGCCGGUGGCCAUGGGACGCUGCCGAUGUGGAUGAGGAGGCUAUGCCGUCCAGUGGAGCCUGCUCGGAUGCCAAAUAUCGUUACACGCUGACCUCUCUCAACUAUCCCAGGCCACGCUGCAUCGGGUUCGCGCGUCGUCGUUUGGGCCGUGGCGGUCGCAUCCUCCUGGACCGGGCCACAACGAAUUUCGACGAUUUUUGGUCGCAGCUGGACUACACGGUCAUGGAGAGCCUGGUGGUUGACCGGUGUGGCGGUGACAAGCUCAAGCAGGAGCAUUCCGAGCCGUUGUCCAAGCCCAGUUCACCGCCAACGGUUGUGGAUUUGCUUCCAGCCGGAAAACCCAUCGAUGGCGAGUUGCAGCCAAUUGCUCCUCCGGAUCUGAUAAAGGUGGAACCUGCCAGUGAUGUUGAGAAACCACCAGCAGCAACAGCAGCAGCGGGAACGGAACCUAAUCAGGAGAGCAAGGAGCUAGAUUUGGAGUCGGAGGAGUGUCCCGAUAUGGAGGUGGAGGAUGAAGACCUGCCCACCGACGAUGAGAAUGUCUCGCGGUUGGGUAUCUACAGUUCUGCUGUUACGUUGCCCCAAAGUUCGCUGGAUCUGCGGCAGAAACGUCGCCGUCUGCGUCGUAAGAAGCAGCAGUUGCGUGAACAGAAUGCCGCCAAGCGACUGAAACGAUCCUCCGAGGUGGUGGCCAACGCCGGCGAGGAUAAUAUGCCGCAACAGGAGUCCAAGCCAGCACUUGGUCCACUGCCGCGGGCGUAUCUCAAGCGAUUGGCCAUGGUUCUGGGCCAGAAACUCAAGAAGGAGAAGGAGGAGAGCAAGGAGAAGGAAAUGUGUGAGAAUCUGGCGCCAGAGCGGUUGGAAAACAAGGAUCAGGGGUUGGAGCAGACACCGAGAGCCAAUCAUCAGCAGCAGCACCACCACCACCGUUCCAACAACAACAACAAUACCGUGUUGAAUAACAACAACAGCAGCAGCAGCAACAACAAUAGUAGUAGUAGUAGUAGUGUUAUGAAUAAGGAUGUUAGCAUUAGCGAAAAAAUCAAUGUGAUAAAGCAGGAAGCGGUAGCAACGGCAACGGCAGAUGAGGACGGCGGCUCGGGGGAUCAACCGGUGGCCUCCACCUCGGCAGCAGCGGCCGCAGCACGAGCCGCGGAAGCAGCCGCUGCAGCGGAAGCAGCCGCAUCCACGACGACGACGACGACGUCGUCCGGUGCACUCUCGGUGGAGGAAGUGGCCAAGACGAUAAAGCGUGAGCUAAUCGAUGCCGACGAUUCCAAUGAACCGCUGAGCAGCAUUCGCACUGCCGCCGCUGUCCUGCAGUCCACCACGCAAGAGCCUGUGCCCGAACUCAUGGACGAUGAGGCCGAGGACGAUGUUAAUCUCGCCCAGCUGAGCAGCAUCAUUCGGCACACGGCGGUCAAGAAGGAGCUGGAGGCGCAACAGCAUCAGCAGCAGGUGGUGCAGCAACAGAUGAAGGCCGCCCGACGCGCCGAAGAGGAGGAUGCGGCUGCCUGCCUGAACCAGCUGCCCGAUGUGAUUCGCCUGCAAAAUCUGCGCAACAGUCAGCUACACGCGCCGCGGCCCAAGGAUCUGUUUAUCCAACCGCCGGCCGAGGAGGAAGCAGAUGCCGAUGCGGACUACCUGGGCGGAUUGUCGCCCACCUCCAGCCAGCGUUUGGAUAUCUGCAACGAGCUGCUCUCGGAGAUUCGUCGCGAUUGGCUGCACUUCCGGCCGAAAACGCCCACGGACGAAUUGUCCGAUGACCAGGAAGAUGUGGGUAAGGUGUGCGAUGGAAAUGCCGUGGACUGGACCCAGGACACACCCAUCAGCGUGGAGCUUAAUCGCUUGGGCAAACUGAGUGCCGCCGAGGAUCUGUCCGAUUCCAAUUCGUACUUCCUGAGCAGCGCCUUUAAGUACACGGAUCUCGAGGCGGAUGCCCAGUUGCUGCAGACGGUUCAGGCGCAGGAUUAUGCCCGCGGCAGCAGCAAGAGUCCCAAUUGCUCCGGUUCGGGCGCGGGUUCCGCCCUCGAAUUCAACCUUAGUGGCGGUGACUCACUGAACGACAUCAACAAUCUGCUGGGCGAUGACGAGGAUGAGGACGAUAAUCACGAGCAUAUGCUGGACAACAUCCUGCAGGAGUGCGCCAUGGAUGAUCCCAAGGCGCUGAAUCAGGCCACCAACUUCUGGAAUGGCAUCCUCGAUGGCGAGGCAGCGGUGGACGAAGUGGAGAUGGCCGACCAGCUGCUGGACUGCAUCGAUGAGAAGAAGCCAAAGGUGGGCGGUGCGGCGGAUGCCGCCAAGCGCGCUGGUCGCAAUCGCAAAAUGAGAUUAGCGCAAUGCCCGCUGGGCAGUUCCACCUUCACCGUGUGUCCCACUGCGGAAUCGCUCAAGGAGCGUCAGAUCUUCUUUAGCCAGGCACCGGUGCCGCCGGUGCUGGUCACACCCAAAGAGGAGCCACCAACGGAGGUGGAGCAACCCGAGCAGCAUCAACAACAGGUGAUGGUUAAAGAAGCCGCCUUGGUGACUGUGAAGGUGGAGCCGGCGCUGGAGAAGCCUCAAGCGACAGAGAUUGUUUCGGUUGCUGUUGCAACCCCGGCAACACAGCAACAAAUGCCGCCACAAGCCAUUGCCCUGCCCUCGGCUCAGCUGAUCAACAUACCCGCCCAGAUAACCACCCAGCAGCAAAAGCAACAGCAGCAGCAGCAGCAGCAGACGCUUCAGACCCAUCAGCAGCCCCAGGUGGCGCAGCUGCUUAAUCAGUUCGCCAAUGCCAGUCCGCAGAUCAUCGCACGCACCGAGUACGGAGGCGGUGCAGCUGUGGGUGACAUUGUGACCAUUACACCGCACACGGGCAGCAGUCCGCUACCCACCCUCACCGCCCAACAGCAGCUGCAGCACCAGCUGGCCCAGGCUCAGCUCCGGAACGUAACCGUCCAGCAGCGGCAGGCAACGCCCCAGAAUCCCAACCAGAAUCAGAAUCCCCAGCAGCAGCAGCAGCAGCAGCAGUUGCUCUUCCAGAUGCAGCGGGACGCAACGGGACAGCGCUCCCUGACGCCCCUGCAAGCAACCGGCGCUGGCGCCACCGGCAACCACAUGAUCUACACCACCAGCAGCGGUGAAAUUGUCACGGCGGCAACAGCCGCAGCUGCGGCGGCAGCCCAAAAGGUCACCUAUGCCAUUCAGAAGACGACGGGCGUGCCCGGCGGUGGAGCAGGUACCACAACCUCCAUUGGCCCCAACACGGUCAUCACACUGUCCAAUGUGAAAGUGCAAAACGAUGAUGGCUCCUCGGGUGGCAAUGGCAGCACCGGAUCCAGCGUGAACAUCAUCAAUACGGCCAGUGGACAGCAGCUGGCUGUGCACAGCAUAGCAGGACUGCAACAGCAGCAGCAACAGCAGGCACAGCAGCAGGUGCAGCAGGUGACCACCAGUACGCCGUUGAUUAUAACAACGCCCACGCGGAACAAUGUCCAACAGCAGCAGCAGCAGCAGCAACAGCAGCAGCAGCCGAUUUUGUGGCGGCAAGUGAGCGGAACCAACACGGCAGUGGCCACCACAGCAGUGCUCUCCACCACAGUGGACUCUUCGCCAGUGGCGGUGAGCAAUAAGAUCCUCUGGACGAGUCGGGCCACACAGAAGAGGCAACUCAAUGGACCGGAGAAUACAGACAUCAACAAACUCCUGCUGAAUCGCAAAUUCCUGCGCAAGCAACAGCAGCAACAACAUCAGCAGCAGCAACAGCAGCACCAAAUUCAACUGACCAAGCAGCAGCUCCAGCAUUUGGUGCAGCAUGAAGAUCUCGAAGAACUGGUGGCCACCAAUCCGGGCAAUAGCAGCGAUCAAGUGGAAACAGGCGAAGCUCUGCUGUUGCAACAGCAGCAGCAACAACAACAGCAACAGCAGCUGCAGAAGCUCAGCAAGGUGAUCAAGAUGUCGCAGUUCCCGCUGCUCGUCUCGGACGUCAAUCUGCAGCAACAACAGCAGGCGGGGUCAAACCAGCAGCAGCAGCAGCAGCAGCUCAAGACGAACUCGGCGGCUACCAUAGCGGCCAAUCACAACUACAGCCUGCAUCCCGCCUCCACAGCAAUCAUUACAACGCAGGCGGGACCGCAGCAGGCCAACAAGAUCUUCCUGACCAGCAGCAGCAACAGCAGUGGCGGCGGAACUGCCGGGAACUUCACCAUCGCAACGCCUGGAGAACUGCAAGCAGCGGCGGCGGCGGGACAAAAACUACACUACAAGGAACUCACCACCAACUCCAACCUGAAGCUGAAUUUUGUGAGCAGCUCGGGUGGAGGAGAUGGAACGCAGCAGGUGGGCGCCACCACAGUGGUACUUAACAAGUCGCAGCAACAACAACAGCAGCAACAGCAACACCAGAAGCUCAAGACCCUGGCCACCGCUGGCAACUCACAACCCGGACAGGGCGGUGACAAGCGAGUGUUGUACACCAGUUUGCUGAAUGUGAAGCCGCUGCAGAAGAACAACAGCGGCCAGAUGCAGAUGCAACUUGGUCCGGGUGGACUGCAGCAGGUGCUCCGCGGACGCCUCAACAAUUCGGCGAUUAUAACCAGAACCCUGCCGCUGGGCACCACGGUGAACAGUACGGGCGGCGGGGCUGUGGGACCGGCCACAACCACUACGAUUAGGCAACUGGUUGCCACAAAUGCCAACAAUGUGGGCUCCCAGGAUGGUGGCGGCACUCUAUUGAGUGCCAAGGAUGUGGGCAAGGCCCUGACCGUGGAGCAGGUGAUAGCCAGUGCCAAUAAUGGCGGAGUGGUGCUGCCCACCAGCAACAAUAACAAUAAUAAUAACAACAACAAUGGCAACGGAGGAAAUGGUGGAGGAGGAGGAGGAGGAGGACCUGUUACCACUACAGCAGGAGGAGGCGUUAAUGCCGGUGGAGCAACUGGCGCUGGAGCAGGAGGCGGAGCGACGGGUGUGACAACGUCCACGAUCAACAGAUGAGACGCGGAUGGAAGCGGCAGCAGCAGCUAACAUCGAAUGCAACCGAAAACCGUGCAACUGCCCAGCGGCACAUUGCUCAGCUUGGCGCCGUCGCUGACGCCACCGGAAGCGGAAGCCCAGGCGGUGGCCAUAGCCCUGCCACUGGCUGCGUCAGACGGCCAAAUGGCAUUGGGCCAGCUCCUGCAGCAGCCCAACAAUUGCUGCUGUGCCCUCUGUUUGGUGAACAAAAGCAGCAGCAGCGAG